AUGGUAUCACAGAAAUCUCCAUCGGUUAUACCCCAUGUUGCGGCCAGUGAGGGCAGUAUAGCCAUUCUCUCUGCGCUACAGGAAGCUGGCGGUGUGAUUAUUGAGGGCUUACUGAGCCCGGAUCAAGUCAAAGAGAUGAACAAGGAUCUCAAUGAGCCACUCAGUAGCCUGGAUCCUGGUUCCAAACACAGCUCCGACAGCAUCAAGAGCUUCCAUGGCGUCAAUACCAAGCGCCUGACAGGUCUUACGACUUGCAGCAAGACGUUUCGGGACUAUCUGCUUGAUCACGACCUCUGUCAUGAUAUCGCAGAGCGCAUCUUUCAUCCUCAAACUGGCACUUACUGGCUUUCAACCGCGCAGGUCAUUGAAAUCGGACCGGGUAAUAAGGAACAAGUUCUACACCGCGACCAGGGCCAGUUUCAGGUUUUUGAUCAACUUGGACCGAAUGGACCAGAAGCGACCAUCAAUUUCCUGGUCGCGUUGACUGACUUCACUGAAGAAAAUGGCGCGACUCGCGUCAUCCCCGGUUCACACAAAUGGCUUGACUUUUCCGUUCCUGGAAAUCCCGAGGACACCAUUCCCGCGGAAAUGAAGGCUGGAGAUGCUUGCCUGAUCUUUGGCAAGACGGUUCACGGGGGUGGUGCUAACAAAACGGCUUCGGAAUACCGCAGGGCCAUUUCGUUCCCCCUUCAAGCUUCAUUCCUCACGCCAGAGGAAGCUUAUACUCUCAUUACUCCAAAAGAAAUCGUCAAAGGGUUGUCGCUCCGUGCGCAACGAAUGAUUGGAUUCCGUUCUCAGUUUCCGAAGGGAAGCCCCGGACUUUGGCAGGCGAACUACUCGGAGAUUGGGGAUCAGAUCGGAUUGCCCGGUGUGGAGAGUGCAAUUGAGCAAUUGAAGGCAGGGAAAUUCCAGUUUCCGGACAUCAGAGAUCUUUGA